AGCUGGUUGUCUUCUUCUUUCCAAUUCAAGAUGGCAGCGUCUAUCAGGAAGUGAUAAAAACAACCCACUAAGAACUAACAGAAAAAAUCCUGUUUUGGUCGGGUAAUAAUACCGUUGCUGUAGAAGACGUCUGUGGAAGGCCAUCGGGUGUACACAGAGUAUCGUUUAAUUCGAGGUCAUGGGUGACGAGCGUCCGUGGUAAAGCCUGUUGAUUGGACGAGCCGCGCGGGGGUCCUCCGCCAUGUGUGGGCCCGUAGCCUGAUGCCCACCCUCCCCACGCCUCUCGCCAUGGACGGGGAGAACUACCUGCACCCGGAGGGGCCGCAGCUCGACAGCGCCCUCUACGGGCUGGUCGCCUCCCCGCUGCUGCACACGGCCAUGGAGAGCCAGAUGUACCCCUCUAACUCCUGGGGCUUCUCCCAGCAGGCAGCCUAUAAUUUGCACUGUCCUAUGCAAUCUGGAAACCAGCAAUACCACUUGAAUAGCCCUUCGGAUAUGCAUAUUGAAAUGUUCAACCCUCCACCUUUCCCCGAUGUGGACUUCUCCUCCCUCAGCCUCCCCCGGAACGGAGACUUCCCCGCGGACCUCUCCUGCAUCGAUGAUCUUUCCAACACCUCGCUCUUCUCCUCUCCCGCCGACUCCCUGUCCGAGUACACAGACGCCGCCGACUUCCCCAGCAUCGGCAACUACGUGCCCACGCUAUGGGACAUAAACACGCCCACGCACAGCCAGCUGGAGUUGAACACCAGCAGGUUUGAGGGCUUGAGCAGUUUGGAGGAUAUCUCUGCCAUUAUCAACACCCCGCCUUUGGGAGCAUACCAGCCACCGCAGCCGCCCCAGCGACCCCAGCAGUCCCCUGAAGAGAAGGGCGACGAAGGAGACGAGGACUCGGGCACUCUCUCUCUCUCUCUCUCUCUCUCGCCCUGUGCAGCCACGAUAGGGAUCUCGCACCCGGACAUCGUCGUGGAGACCAACACCCUGUCCAGCGUCCCGCCUCCCGACAUCACCUACACCCUGUCCAUUCCCGAAACCACUAUCAGCAAAGGUCAGCUGUCUGCCCUGCAGCUGGAGGCCAUCAUCUACGCCUGCCAGCAACACGAGGUGAUCCUGCAGAACGGCCAGAGGGCGGGCUACCUGAUCGGAGACGGCGCCGGCGUGGGGAAGGGCCGCACCGUGGCCGGGAUCAUCCUGGAAAACUACCUGAAGGGGAGGAAGAAAGCGCUGUGGUUUAGCGUUUCCAACGACCUGAAAUACGACGCCGAGCGAGAUCUGAAAGAUAUCGAGGCUCCCUGCAUUCCCGUGCAUGCCUUAAACAAGAUUAAGUAUGGCGACACAGCUACCUCAGAAGGAGUGCUCUUCGCGACGUACUCCGCCCUGAUCGGGGAGAGCCAGGCGGGGGGGCAGCACCGCACCAGGCUCCGGCAGAUCCUGGACUGGUGUAAGCCGGGCUUCGAUGGAGUCAUCAUAUUUGACGAGUGCCACAAAGCCAAAAACGCCACGUCCACCAAGAUGGGCAAGGCCGUGCUGGACCUGCAGAACAAGCUGCCGCUGGCCCGCGUGGUGUACGCCAGCGCCACAGGUGCUUCUGAGCCAAAGAACAUGAUCUACAUGAGCCGGCUGGGGAUCUGGGGAGAGGGGACCCCCUUCAAAAUCUUCGACGACUUCCUGCACGCCAUCGAGAAGAGGGGUGUGGGCGCCAUGGAGAUCGUGGCGAUGGACAUGAAGGUGAGCGGCAUGUACAUCGCCCGGCAGCUCAGCUUCUCGGGGGUGUCCUUCCGCAUCGAGGAGAUCGGCCUGGACAACGACUUCAAGCUCGUCUACAACAAAGCUGCCAAGCUGUGGGCGGAGGCGCUGGCGGUCUUCACGCGGGCGGCGGACGAGCUGGGCCUGGUCUCCAGGAAGUCGCUGUGGGGCCAGUUCUGGUCCUCCCACCAGCGCUUCUUCAAGUACCUCUGCAUCGCCGCCAAGGUGCGCUGCCUGGUGGAGCUGGCCAAGAAGGAGCUGGAGGCGGGAAAGUGCAUCGUGAUUGGGCUGCAGUCCACGGGGGAGGCGCGCACCCGGGAGGUCCUGGACGAGAACGACGGGCACCUGGACAGAUUCGUCUCGGCGGCGGAGGGUGUUUUUCAGUCGCUGGUGCAGAAGCACUUUCCGUCGGAGAAGCAGAAGAGAGAAAAGAGCGCUGGAAACAAAAGAAAACGCAAACCCAAGGGCCGGCCGCCGAAGUACCCCAAGCACAGCGCGGAGGUGGGGAUCGUGAUCCACAUCAGCGACGACAGCAGCACCGAGUCGGACGGGCCGGACAGCGACUCCAACUCCUCCCCCGAGUCCCUCAUGGACAACGACGACGUCAUCUUCGUCAACCACACUAACUGUCACACUGCGAAGAUCGAGGAAAUGAAGCAAGAUCUCCUGAACAAGAUUUCUGUGCUGGGAAAGGAACUACCUCUGAAUACUCUGGAUGAACUGAUAGACAAGUUUGGCGGUCCAGAGCAGGUCUCUGAGAUGACCGGGAAGGUCGGGGUGCGGAGGCCUGACGGCAGUGUUCGGUACGAGUCACGCGCAGAGCAGGGCCUCACCAUCGACCACGUCAACAUCAAGGAGAAGGAGCGCUUCAUGUGUGGGGAGAAGCUGGUGGCCAUCAUCUCGGAGGCGGCCAGCUCGGGCAUCUCUCUGCAGGCCGAUAAGCGAGUGCAGAACCAGCGGAGGAGAGUGCACAUGACGCUGGAGCUGCCCUGGAGCGCCGACCGGGCCAUCCAGCAGUUCGGCCGUACCCACCGCUCUAACCAGGUCACUGCGCCGGAGUACAUCUUCCUCAUCUCAGAGCUGGCGGGGGAGCGCCGCUUCGCCUCCAUCGUGGCCAAGCGGCUGGAGAGCCUGGGGGCGUUGACCCACGGAGACAGGAGGGCCACGGAGUCCAGAGACUUGAGCAAAUACAACUUUGAAAACAAGUAUGGCACCAAGGCUCUGGACAAGAUCACCAAGGCCAUCCUGGGGCACAUCGAAAGCAAAGUACACCCUCCUAAAGGGUACCCAGGGGGCGACGCCAUGUUCUUCAGAGAAAUGAAGCAGGGAAUGAUGGACGUUGGAAUAUUCUGCAAAGAGCCUCGCUUUGGGAUCAGUACUGAAAAAGACUGCAGCAUCACCAAGUUCCUCAACCGCAUCCUGGGCCUGGAGGUCCACAAGCAGAACUCGCUCUUCCAGUACUUCACCGACAACUUUGACUACCUGAUCGAGAAGGACAAGAAAGAGGGGAAGUACGACAUGGGCAUUCUGGACCUGGCCCCGGGUAACGAUGAGAUCUACGAGGAGACGCAGGAGAAGUUCCUGACCGCGGGCAACCCUCAGGACGGGCAGGUGGUCCUGUACAAGAUCAGCGUGGACCGGGGCAUGCACUGGGACGAGGCGUACAGCAAGGCGCAGACGCUCACCGGCCCCGACGACGGCUUCUACGUCUCUCACCGGCUGAGGGGGAACCACCCCUGCGUGCUGCUGGCCGAGCAGGGCCGGGGGAGGAACCUAAUCCUCUACAAGCCCAACAUCGGCAAGCAGGCCCACCCCGAGAGCCUGGACAACCUGCAUCGUAGGUACCGCAAGGUCACACCAGAGCAGGCCAAGGACAGCUGGGAGAAUCAGUUCACAUUCUCCUUCAGGAAGUGCAGCCACGCUAACUGGAACGGGAAGUGCAAGCAGGUGGAGGCGGGGCACGAGUGCUGGCAGGGCAUGCGUCUGCGGCAGUACCACAUGCUGUGCGGCGCGCUGCUGCGCGUCUGGAAGCGCGUGGCCGACGUCGUCUCCGACGUCACCAACUCCAGCAUCCUGCAGAUCGUGCGGCUCAAGACCAAGGAGCACAACAAGCAAGUCGGCAUCAAGAUCCCGGAGAACUGCGUGGCGCGGGUGCGGGAGGAGCUGGCGCAGAUGAACAAGGAGGUGAAGCGGCGGCGGAGCGAGCGCGAGCAGCAGGAGCAGCGGGCGCUGGAGGCGCGCCUGGCGGAGGAGCGGGAGCGGGAGCGCCAGAGGAGGCAGGUGAUCAGCCGGUUCUGCGGCGGCCAGCCCACGGUGCUGCCCGGCCUCGCCUCCUCGCUGGCGGCCUACCCCGGCCUCCCCCAGCUGGCCCCCCUGCAGAGGAGCCCUGUCGACGAGAUCCUGGACCUGACCACCAGCAGCCCCUCGCCCUCCCCCGACAGCAGCGGGGCCGGGGGCCUGGGCUUGGACAGCCUCGUCGGGCCUCUAGGGGGCACCCAGGACCAUUUCAGCCUGGAGUCGCUGAUCUCGCAGACGGUGCUGAGCGGGCAUCACCCGUCGCACCCGCAGCAGGACCUCCUGGACUUUCUGGAGAACCCCGCCCUCAGCCUUUCCUCCACCUACUCCACCUUCCCCUCCCUCACGGCCCCCACCUCCACCGUGCCCCCCAUCUCCACCAUCCUUCCGCCCUCCUCGUCCUCCUCCUCCUCCUCUUCCACCUCCUCCACUUCCUCCAUGUUCUCGUCUGUCAUGGCCCCUUCGGAACACCAAGCGAACCCCUUACCCAACGGCCACUGCAGCGCGGACCUCUUUAACGUACGAGAGGUCUUGGACAGCAUGUUGCGGACCAACCCGGACCGGCAGUCUGUCAUCCAGUCUCGGACACCAGACUGGGACGGCACGCCCACGUCCCAUAGCCCAUAUGCACACACCAAUUUCCUCCCCCCGCCCCUCUGAACCCGUCCCUGACGCCUGACCGCCUGACCCCCUCACCUCAGGGCCAGGGGUCACCUCAGCACUGCCUGUAGUGUGGAUGUCGCUUUGAAUUUCUCUUUCAGGAGUGCAAAUAUAGUUUGGGAAUUCUUCCUUUGAGAAAAUGGAAAAAGAAAAAUGUCCACCUAGCCCCAUGAUCUCUGUAGGAGUAUUUCCCUCAAACAAGAAAACUAGAACUUCUAUUUCCAAUUCACUUAAACGUAUAUAUAUUUGAUGUUUUCCCUGAAUACCUCUCAAAUAAUUAAUCCAGUAAAUGCCGUGUUUUGCAAGAUAUGGGGUCCUUCAUAUGGAGGCAGAGCUCCAGAGGUUCCCAUCAAUCAGAGUUUUCCCAAACUGUGUGUGCAGCCUAGGAUUUGUCUGUAGAUCAGACUCAAAUCUGUCUGGAAAUCAGACUCAGAUCUGUCUGGAAAUCAGAUUCAGAUCUGUCUGAAAAUCAGACUCCUAUCUAUCUGGAAGUCAGACCCGUCUUUAGAUCAGAGAGUCUGGCAGCAGAACACAAGAAUCCAUUCUUCGUUUGGGAGAUGUACACCAAGCUAACUGACCAGAGACCCACGAGGUCCCAAUGCCUCUAAUGUUGAGAGUCUAGUUUCCAGGUUUUCAUUGUUCUAAUGAUGUCACUGCCUCCAUAGAAGUACUCCAUCCCAUCCAAACAUCAGUCACGUUUCUGACAUCACAGCUCAAAAAACCAUCCCGUAAGAGUGACAUAUUUAUGUCAGUUUGUCAUGAGUAUUUUCAGAUUUGGGUUGAAAUAUUUAAUAUGAAAUUUUAUCUUUAAACUUUUCAAACUAACAAAAAGAACAUAUCUAUUUGUACCUCAGUGUGUUUGCUGCCCCCACUCCCCCCCCCACCCAAGACCACAGCACUCCCUGCUGACCAAACAGGGCAUAAGCAGGAAGGUGUGAACGGGGAUCAAGAGCCAUAUGUAAUCUUUCUCACUGGUGUUCAUGCGAAGGUUCGCCACAAAGCUGUCUUUUGUGUCUUUCUCUGCGUUGCGAGGGCUUCGGCCUGCUUCAGUCGUCCUUGCUUUCGACCGGUACUGAACCGAACGCCUCGUGACCGGUGGACGGAGCGGUCGUGUGGAGGUGACGGAGCUGAAACUGGACCGCGCCUGCGGUUUCAUAAUGUAAGGCUCCUUUACGCAACACAGGCCCCGACGUGAGCCCCUCGAGCCAUGGCGUCGACGUUUCGCCUGCGUCCCUCUCCCAGUCCAGUCCUCAGCGUAGAAACUGCACAGUCAGCUUGCGCAGGCAUUUCCCCAUAUCUGGUUUCAAUAUUUUUAAAAAUAAUAAUAAUACUAUAAUAAAAACAGCCUACUGUUAUAACAGUGCCUUCCUUUGGAACAUGUUAAAAAAUGCAGUCGUUCAAAUACAAAGGCUUAUUUAUAUAUUUGUACUCAAGAGUAGUGCUACCAUAUUUAUUAUGAUUUCUAAUUUAAGUCUCUUUACUCUCCCCCACCUCCCACCCUGCCUGACGACUGUGCAGCAGGGAGUGAAUUUGGACCUUUCACAAAUUAGUUUAAUUUUUUUUUCCCCCACCCAUUAUGACACAUUGAUGCUCGUAAUGUGACUGCUCUGGAUCGCUUUUACUUUUGAAAUUCUCAAUUCUCAGGAAAGUCUGAAAUUAAUUGUAUUUUCCCCCUGUCCAACAUUUAAACUUUUAAAAGUUUUUAAGCCUAUUUGUUUCAGCCCUCCUCUUGAAUUUCAGGUAUCAUAAUGGAUGAGUAGACGACAUUACUGUGUUGUCACAGCACCCUAAUUGGUUAACAGAUGCCCAAGUUUUCUCGCUCCACUCCUGGUCAACCUUAAUAAAAGCAAUAAGGUCUACACGUAUAAAAGCGAAAGUACUGUUUACACUCAGCAGCUGAAGGUUGAAAUUUGCCUCUUGAGGGGAAAAUUGGACUCUUCUUAUUGCAUUUUAUCUUUAGUGCUGGUUGCACCUGCUGCAAAUCCAUAAGACGGUGUAUGGAAAAGAAAAGCGAAUCGGUCCUUUAUGUUAGAAUAAAGGCUUGUCCUCUAUUGUUGUAAAGAAAAGUGGGAUGAAACGCAAUGUGUUGUUAUUGAUAUUGUCCUUAUUAUUAUUGUCACUUGUAUCAUUAUUGUUAUUUAUAUUUAAGGGACAUUCUACCAGAAAUAGUUUAGGUUAAUAAUUUUAGGUUGUAAUCCUGUUUUUUUUUUUUUUUUUUUUUUUUAAGUUAAUAAUACUUUUAAAAGUUGACUAAAGGUUUUGUCAGGGACUUUUUAGAAAAAACAAAAUGACUUUAAACAAAAUAUAUCUAUUGUAACCUGCCACCAAAUAUAUUGCACUGUUCUGUACUGCUGUUCUUGUUUCCCUAGUUUCUUUUUCCUUUUUUUGCUGACUUUUAGUAGAAUUAUACUUAUUUAUGAUUUAGGGGUUUUUUUCAGUGGGAGCUUCAGACUGCAGAGUGAUACCAAAGUAAAUCGCACCUGAAGUUUCCCGGCUGCAUUCAAACCAUUCUUAAUCUCAGGAAGAAAUCUACAUAAUCUAUGUAUCUGCGAGUCCUAUUGAAAUGCAUAGCUACGGUUUCACUGGUAGCCAUGACAACCGGGAAUCACACCAACAAGGAAAAAAAAGCUUGUGCUACUUUUUUUUCAUUCUGCAGUGCAAGUCUGAGAACAACAUGCUGUCUUUUUUAUGUUUGAGACUUGAUAUUUUUUGGUCGUGUCCUUCAGUGUUGUGCUUUUUUUAUUAUAAUUUUUUUUUGGUGUGGGGGAGGGGAUUUUUAGUGUGUUUAUGCCUUCUUAGAGCAAAGAUCAGAAGCUUUUUCUAAAAAAGGAUCAUUUAGUUGUUUCUUGUCUGUUUGUCUGUACGGAACAGUUUAGCUGUAGGGCUAGAGACCUGGGAACAUGACAGUCCCCCCCACCAACCACCACCUGGUCCCGUCAGCUUUGUCUGCGUUACGUUGGUCUGUCCUCAUGCUGCGGAACAGUGGUUCUAAUCACAGCCUCCCCCGUCUUCUUUCUCCAGCGCACACUCAGUGCUCUCUCUUGUUCCUGUGGCUUCUUCACAAAGCAGUCCUGAGGAAUCUGAGCUCGUUUGGUCGCCCCUAAUCUUAUACUCUUCUUGUACUCCUGUAUAAGUACGUCUCACACUCGCGGCUUUCUGCCAAACCCAGCCCAAGUAAACCCAAAGAAAGAAAUGUAGGCGUGGUGUCAGGCAGUACACGGGCGACGCCCCUUAUAUUGUGAAGCACAUUCGACUUCACCUUUGGUGACCCCUCCCAUUAGUGAUAGCUGGCUUCAACCCUUUCCUUUCUUAAAUACAGAAUGAGCAACAUGGCAAUAAAGCCUGGGCAGAUAGACAGGGAAAAGGGACAGGCUGCAUUGAAGAGAAAUACUUCAGAAACUACUUUUUCCACCUCAGAAACUGUCCAGUUUGUCCUUGUCUUUUUUUAUCUUGCACUCGGAAUGGCAUAAUCAGCUCUUGUUGCCUAUUAUGUGUAAUUGUGAGAUGCAAGCCUGUCAUGUUCCUUUCCUUUCCCUGCAUUGCAUUUUAUAUGUUGUAGCCAUCUUCCUUUUCUUCUCACCCUGACAGAUAAAACAAAGUAUGACAUUCAAGUAAUUUAUUGCUAACAAUGAAAAACGAAACAAACAUGCUACUGAUUGUAUGUAUUUUUUAAACAAAGGCUAUUUUUUCUGUAAAACUGUGUUUAGCACUUUUAUUCUGGGUUUUGCUUUUGUUUUUCUAUAUAUUUAUAAUUUAGAUGGAAGUGUAUAUAUUGUAAAAAAAAUUGUGCCUUUCAACUAAUUCUUUACAGAUUUUCUACUCAUAACAGAAGGAAGGAAUAUAUUGUAAUGCAGUCUUGACUUUGUUAACAAAUAAAUAUUCAAAGAUUGCGGAA